CGAAGAGUGGAGGAUCUGGCGCUGGAACAACUUGAUGGGUCUUCCUACAAAAGGCUCCCCAGCGGCAAAUACGCUUGCCUCAUCUGCCCCAACUCUCCCAUCAUCGAUUCCCCUCUCAUGUUCUCCCUAUUAAGCACUGAUUUUGCUGUUAAAGACCUUGGAAAGUUACACUACUUCCUUGGAAUUGAAGUUAUACCAGUGAAAGAUGGUCUCUUACUUUCCCAGCAGCGCUACAUUCGGGAUUUACUCUCCAAAACAAAUAUGACGGAAGCAAAACCAGUAUCAUCUCCCAUGUCGUCUUCUGCAGCCUUAUCCGCAUUUACAGGUGAUCCUAUGGAAGAACCCUCCUUAAAUAGAAGCACGGUGGGUUCACUUUAGUACUUAUCUCUUACACGCCCAGAUUUGGCGUUUGCGGUUAAUCGUGUGUGCCAAUUUAUGCAUCGUCCAACCAAACUUCAUUGGCAAGCUGUCAAGCGAAUCCUUAGAUACCUCAAAUGUACCAUCACUCAUGGUUUGCUGUUACAAAAGACCUCAACAACUUCUCUUCAAGCAUACUCGGAUACUGACUGGGCAGGAUGCUCGGAUGAUCGACGUUCAACUGGUGCUUAUUGUGUUUUUCUUGGCUCAAACUUGAUUUCUUGGAGUUCUCGUAAGCAGCCUAUUGUUUCUCGGUCUUCUACAGAAUCUGAAUACAAAUCUGUUGCUAACACGGCUGCUGAGAUGCAUUGCAAGGGGUCAAGCCACCGCAAUGCAGAGUUGAAGAUAAAGGAACAAGAAUUGAUGAGACAUGAUGAGAUAAAUAAGCGAAUAGCAUUGUCAGGCUCUUCUACUGGCACCGCAAACUGUAAUAGUCACCACCAAAAUUUUAGGUCAGUUGAUAAACCAUUGAUUGAACAGUCACGCAAGGUCGCUUCAGAGAUACGUUGUGGCCAAACUACUCAGCCUCAGCAGAGUUCUAGUAAUGCAAACCGUGAUGUUCAACGAAUUUUGGAUCACAUUACGAAUAGGCAUUCUAAUCUUAGUCAACAUAGCUCUUGUCCUGCAAUUGAAGCAGCUGACAAGGUAGUCAAGCAGCAGCAGCAGCAUUUGGAUCUCCAGGAGCGUCGAGAGAGGGAACUAAAGUUUACAGCUGCAGGUUGGAAACGUGAUGGUCAUGGGAAGUGGUUCAGAGAUGAAAAUGUUGAGUUCGAUUCUGAUGAAGAAGAUCCAAAUACAUGUCUUGGUUGAAAAUAUUUUGGAAGGCUGCAGCUGAUACAUGCAAUUUGAUCAUGAUCGAGAAUGGCAGGCCGUGUUUGCUAACUUGGCAUGCACACUGAGUGCUAGCUUUGUUACUGAACAACCUGGAACACGGAUUUUUUCUACACUGAUUUGCCUUGAAGGAGUUGAUUAGCGGUGACUUUGCACAAAUACAGGGAGCUGGUUUGGCAUGUAUGCACUUGCAUGAUGCACAGUCCCAAGAGAAUUUUGGUUUGAAGGUGUUGCACCCAGUUAUAAUACUAUGUACCACAUCAAUUCUGGCAGGUGUGCUGCUGUUUUUUAUUCUUGAGGUCAUAAUGGGAGAAAUAUUUAUCUGUGAAAUGUUGUUGUCUUGACCUUUGGCAAGGUCUUCUGGUGCUGGUUUUACAGCAAAUUUCUUGUAGUUUUUCAAACGUCUAGAUAUAAUUUUACUCUCAUUUUUUUAAA